UCUAAACUUCUUUCAGAAAUGGAGCCAAUUGGAAGGAUCACUAGGAGGAACCCGACGGGCCGUGUACCGGGUGGGUCCGAACGCGGCAGCCGGGGGUCCACUAGGGUGUCCAGGGGAAGGGGCCGUGGAGGAACCCGACGGGCCGUGUACCGGGUGGGUCCGAACGCGGCAGCCGGGGGUCCACUAGGGUGUCCAGGGGAAGGGGCCGUGGAGGCCAACAACAAACCGUGAGCGAUGGCCACGUGGACACCGAGAGUGAGACUUAUUGGUCCUAUGAGGACUCAACCUAUAGGCCGGAAACCGAGCCGGUGGAAACCCCAUAUGAUGGGGAAGAUGACGAUGUGAGUGAAGAGAGUGAAGACGAUGGCACUCUUGGGAGGAUCGAGGCGCUGCUCCAAUAACAAUACCACCGGGAGCGCGAAGAGAGGAGACAACGCCGAAGGCGCCGAACGGGGCAACCUUCGGGCAUGGCUUCGAGAGGAGGAAGCCAAGGUGCUUCUAGAGUCCAUGUUGAACCACAUGGAGGCCAAGAUGUGGGAGGUCCAACCAUAAGGAUCUCCAAAUUUAUCAAAGAAGCACGAGAUUUGGGAUGUAAACCGUUUGAUGGAACGGGAGACAUCUCCGUUGCAGCCGAAUGGAUCAAAAGAUUCAACGAGGCAGCCCUUGACAUGCAGCUGCCACCCAUCAUGAAAUUGAGGGUGGCAACAAGAUUGCUCGAAGGCAUGGCGUCCACGUGGUGGGACGGGGUCAAAGGAAAAUACGGCGAAGCCGUCACAUGGGAGAACUUUCGGCAGGAGUUCUUCAACCAAUACUACUCCGACUUCGAGGUAAACAUGAAGAGGAGGGAGUAUACGAACUUGACACAGGGAGGCGCAUGUACGGUGAAGGAACUUGAACACAAGUUCAAAAAGCUUGCCGAAUUCAUACCGGAGUACAUAUGUGAUGAGAACCGGAUGGUGAACCACUUCUGGGAUGCCUUAGACCUUGACAUACGCGAGAGGGCAACACAAUUGCCUAAUAUGACGUUUAGUCAAGUGGUUGAACAGGGCCUGAAGGGAGAGAAGGAGUGGGAGGAAAGAAAGCGGAGGAACGCCGAGGAGGCGAAGAAGAGGAAGUGGGAAAGCCAUGGCCCACAAGGUUCUAACAAAAAGGGGAACCACGGGGGAGGAGGAUCGUUCAGGGCACCGGCGCCGCCAUCCAAGGGAAACUCGGCUUUCGGCGGGCACAACUCGGGCUCACAAGCCUCGACAGCGCCCAGGUGCCGAAAUUGCAACAGGAGCCACGCCGGUAAGUGUCGUGACCCUCCUCGGUGCUACCAAUGUGGAGACACGGGGCAUCUUAAACCAAAUUGCCCUCAACUUGGUGGAAACCGAGGGGCGGGAUCAAGCGGCGCUACUACGGCAAGUAGGAGUCGAACCGGAGCACCCCAUGCUAGUACGGGGCAGGGGGGAGCGAGCGCCAGCAACGCGCCGUCCGUGAAUCAAGGAAGGACGCAAGCUAGAGUCUACGCAAUGACCGAGGCCGAUGCUCGGGCCAAUCCCGACUCCGUUGCAGGUAAUACACGUAUUCCCAUGUAUUUCUAGGCUUG